AUGGCCCUUGAGUGCAAUAGCUGCAAGAAGUCGCCGCCUGAAGUCGCCCUCAAGAGGUGCGCGAAAUGUUCCACCACGCCGUACUGCUCCAGGGAUUGCCAGAAGGCAGACUGGAAGGUCCAUAAGAAGGUUUGUGGCAAACAGGCCGAUGCCACGACAUCGUUUCAAGAUGGGCCUACAACGGCAAAUUUGUCGCCUCCGAAGGGGUUGGAACAGGGCGUCGCCCGGCCCUUCACGCGUCUUGAAAAUCGCACUUGGCUCCAUGAUCGAUCGGAAAGAGAUGUCUACGGGUUGCUGAUCGACGCUUACCGACUGCGCGCUGAGGACAUGUACAACAUUGAAGGCGAAGCAGACGCGGAUAGCAUAUAUGGUGGUGCCGGCAACGGGCUGCGUGGCUUCAAGCGCUUCCUGGAGCGCGUCGAGCGUUGUCCCGGUUUACUGCCGCCAUGGUGGGAUGCAAUGACGAAGAAAGAGUGA